GAACCAAGAUGGUGGACUUGGUGAUCGUAUUUUCUUUCAGUGAGAAAAAACAAUCAUUAUUUCGAAAAGGAUGAUUAUAUAUACAAAAUGGAGUUAAAUAAUAUAUAUAACAAGUUAAGGAACUAACAUAAAUAAACCAAGAUGACGUGAUAUAGUUAUGGAUCGCGUCCGUCAGUUGCUCCAUGCCUGCGAACACGGUGAUGGCCAUUCAGUUCAGGCUUUGCUCGACGAAGGAGUGGGGGUUGAUAGCACUGACGACGAUGAAACAACGCCCCUACAGAUUGCUGCAGCUAAUGGCCAUGACCACAUUGUAAGACUACUGUUAAUGAAAGGGGCAGCAUUAGAUCAACCAAAUAAUUUUGGAUGGACGCCACUGAUGCAUGCUUGUCGCAAUGGCCACAAUGAAGUAGUAGUAACACUGCUUCAAAGGCAGGCAGAUAUCAGUGUAAAAACUAGGUAUGGCAUUUCAGCAGUUACACUUGCAGCCAGAGGUGGUCACAUACAGGUGGUCAGAAAGCUAGUGGAGGCUGGCAUUGAUUUAAAUAACUCAGGGAAUGGAUGCAUGUGUGAAUUCACACCUCUUUUAGUUGCUGUUGAACAUGGACAUGAUGCAGUAUUGCGUUUCCUUUUGGACCGUGGAUGUGAUGUGAAUAACAAAACAGCAUCAACAGGGCUAACACCACUAAUGCUAGCUGCUGUUAAUGGACACCUUAAAACUGCUCAGAUUCUCAUAGAAAGUGGUGCUGAUGCUAACCUCACAUCUAUAAAUAAUAGAACUGCUUUAGAUAUGGCAACAGCUAUGGGGAAAAGUGAGGUUGCCAGUUACCUUGACAGGAAAACAACAAAUAAAACUUUUAAAGAAUCUGAUGAGAAGAAACCAGACAUAAUAGAUGCAACCAAAAAAGGUGAUUUAAGAAAAGUGAGAUCUAUUCUUGAUCUCGAUCCUAGUCAGUUAGAUGCUUGUUCUCCUCACGACGGUGCUACAUCAGUCAUGUUUGCUGCCAUGACAGGACAGUUAGAGAUAGCUCAGUUACUGGUGGAACGUGGAUGUGAUAUAAACAAACAAGAUACAAUUAGUGGUUGGACAGCGUUAAUGCAGGCCACUUAUCAUGGGAAGAAAUCCAUAGCAAUGUUUUUACUGGACAAGGGAGCUGAUGUGCGGAUACAGGCUAACAAUGGUUGUACAGCUUUUGAUAUGGCAUCCUUAAUAGAUGAUGUAGACACAGAACUAGUCAGAAAGUUAGCCAGUAAAACUAUAGCUGUUCCUGGAAGUCCAGAGAAAGGAGGCAAGAAAGUCACUGCAAAACAAAAUGGUGUCGCCUCGUCACUCACUGAUAUCAGCAUGGAAGAACCACCAAAGAGUGGACUUAAGGGCUGGUUAAACAGACUUUCCAACAGAUUUCGGAACAUUAAGAUUGGUAGAACGUUAAAUUUGUCUAAUCGUGUUGUGUCUAUGUCAUCAGAGAAAUCAACAUCCGUCCAGGAUCUCACAUUAAAAAGUACAAAUAGUCCUAAAGUGCCUGUGAAAAAGAUGAACAACUUCAUGGAACAUAGUCAGUCCUCCCCAUCCAUUCCAUCAGUAAAUAACUAUGGAAACACAUACACAGGGAUGGCACUGGAAAAUAAACAAAGUGCUACUGUGUAUACUCUGGAUAUAAAUCCUCCUAGCUCUAACAUGUCCAAUGACACCUUGAAACCAGUCAUACCUCCAUUUCUACCGCCACCAAGCUUUGCUCUAGAUACAGUGGGUUCCACCAGGAAACCAGUCAGUGCUAGAGGGCCUGGUUCAUCUAGUUCAGUGACAUCACUGCUAGGAGGCAGGUCUCACACACAUAUGAGUGCUAGUCCAAUGAUCCAUGCCAGGUCUUCGUCAAGGCUAACCAAUGGUACCACAAGUAGUUCAGCUGACUAUCAUAAUGGUUUGUUUUCAUCUGAGUCUUCCAGCACUCCAAACAGACCAACACCAAUAUUUGUACAACCAUACACACCGACCAGACAAAACCUGAUGCCAAGGAAACCACCUAUAUCUGCUGUGUUCACGUCUAAUACUACAUCCCCAAACAGUUCAACAAGUGGUAGUUCUUCUGUCACGCCAAUAAGAUCACACGGUCGUAGUACAUCCUCUAAAGAGAGUACAACAUCAACACUGACACCCUCACCGUCACCCACACCAGGAAAGUAUCCAGAUGACCACCAUCCAUUAUUAGGUUCAUUAGAAGAACAUGAUUCACAAGCUGAGUUGUCUGGAAUUCUAUCGAAACUGUCAUUAGAAAAAUACCAGCCAAUUUUUGAAGAACAAGAGGUUGAUAUGGAAGCAUUUCUUACAUUAACUGAUCAAGAUCUUAAAGAACUAGGCAUAUCAAAUACACAGUCACGAUCACAGAUUCUGACAGCAAUCAAUAAACUCAGUACUGGAAAGGGAAAGGAACGUCAACAGCUGAUAGAUACUAUGACAUCUUUCCAGACAACCCUCAAAGCCAAGGUGGCUUCAGAACCUUCUAAUAUUAAUGGAAUGAUGUGGCUUCAGUCCCAUACAAGAAGAUUGGACUACUCCUGACAGAGAGAUAAGACAAACCUUCAAGUACAAAUGUCAUGUGACCAUAGACAUAUCAAUUCAUGGACUAAGAUAUAGAAAUAACCUUACUUGAAACUGAUAAAAAAAAGUAUGUCUUAUUGAUGUACCAACAACCACACUUGAAACUGAUUGAAAAUAUGACCCACUGAUGUAUCAAUAGACAUAAUUGAAACUGAGUAAAAAUAUGGCCUACUGGUGUACCAAUAACCAUAAUAGUAAAUAUGAAAAUAUGGCCCAUUGCAUAGGUGAAGCCAGAAAACAGCCCAUGACAGAUGUUUGCUUAAUGCUAAAGUUAUCUGUAUUCUGAAUCAUGAAAGCUGUUUGUUUGUUUGUGAUCAUACUUGUUGUAUUUAUGUGAAGUUGUGAUUUUUAUGAUUAAGGUUGUGAAGAAAAUGUCACUGCUAUUUGCUAUAUAUAUAUGGUGCCAAAAUAAUGUUUGAGACAUUCCCUGUGAUUAUAUAAAUACUAUAAUCACAGGACUAGAGACUUGUUAUUGUGUUCUUAUUAUGUAUUUAUAGAUAAUGUAUAUAGAACAUUAUGAAAAUGAAAUUGUUGUGUUAUUGUUGUUAGAGAUUAAAAUUUUAAGUCUACGCUGACAGAAUAGAAGAUUUUGAAAUGUAUCAUCUUCAAUUGUCAUUGAUUUAAAAGUAAACAUGUUAUAUUGAGACCAUUGAUACACAAAACCUUAAGUCAUAACACACAUGUGAUUCCAUUUGAUAUACACACCUACAGUCAUAUGAAGUUAGGACAAUAUUGUUUAAUUUAUUAACUGAUGCAGUGGUUGAUCUAUAAUUAAAUUGAAUAUAAACUAUUCAUAGAUUUGCUGAAGUGUAAAAAAGAGGCUUUAUUCUUACUACUUUGUCGAAUGAAUUCCAAAUUUGAAAAAAGGGCUGUAAUCUUUAAACAAUAUCACAGGCUAUAAUGAUACAAAGGUUUUUAUUUUCACUUUCGAAGUAACAAAUUUAUCCAUGAAAAUAAAACCUUGAGAGAUUGGUAUUAAUAUUACUGUGCAUUAAAAAUAAAAAUUGCAAGUAUACAAAUUGAAAAAAACUCAAUAUGACUUGUAAUCAAACAAAAAAUGUUAAAAAUUUUUGUUUAUUUUAUUGCAAUAAUUUUACUAAAAUUAUGUUUGAUCUAAAUAUAUUUCAAAAUAUGCUAAGACUCCAUAGAUCACAGGCUCUUUGCUUGUCUUUCUCAUUUUGCACAGUUUCUAUAUAAUUUAAAGUUCAUGAUUCAGUAAACUUAUUUCCUAGAAAUUUUUUAUAUAAAACAUAUGCAUAUAAUAAAAAUAACCAUCAGAAAUACAGACACUGUAGCAAUAACAAAAUCCUGCUGGUUUUAUAAAAUAUUGAAGUUUUGUGACUAUAAUCUUUGAAGUGUUAAUCAUGUGAUCAUGGUGCUAUGAUCAACCAAUAGGAAUCUCAGAAAGAGACUAAUAUCUAUGCACAUAUAUCAUGACAACUCUAUAGUCCAUAAGAUCAUGAGAAAGUUAUAUGAUAAUUUUGUUAAUGUAUUGUCAUAUUUUUGUUAUAGUAUUGUAUUUUAUUGAACUGCUGCUGUUUUUUUAAAUAUUUUAGAUAUAAUUAUUUCUGUACUUUUUAUUUCCAUUUCUAUUUCGGCAAACUUUUUGUGCGGUGAUGUCUUGCUCAAUAGUUUUCAGCACAUGCUCAUAGUUGCAAUAUCGUAGUGCUAUACUUGCAUUUCAAAUGUUAAAUAUGAACCAUGCUGAAUUGUUAAUACUAUUUAAGGAGAGCUAAGAUAUUGGUUUAUGGUAGAUGAAAGUAUGGGUACUUCAACUUCAACUUCCAACAUAGUAAAUAUGUCCAUUGUGAUGUAAACUUUAACAAAAUAUGGUAAAUAAUUAUGGUACUGACUCAGAUUUUGCAGUUUAUUUCAUAUGGAAAUGUAAAAAGUAUGAGUUGAACAAUGCUUUCUGUAAACAAAUAAUCUUUUUUCUAAGCAACAUAAUCAUCAUUCCUGUUAAAACUCCAAUUAAACAUCAUUUAAUUGUAAAUAAAGGAUAUCUCAAUUGAUUUCUAUUCAGUAUACUUUUUGUUUCAACAUAGGUUUUUAUUAGGAUAAACAUGUAAUAUUUGGUCACUAAAAGACACUAAUUAAUCCAAAAGUUGUGAUUGUCUGCUCCGUCCCAAGUUUUUGAAUUUUUCAUUUCUAAUCAGAUUGUUGCCGUCCAUGCUUUUGCUACUGUUUUUAUUGUAGAAAGUAUUAUUUUCUUUGAGCUUCCAGCAAAUUUUAUGACAUUUAUUAUACUGGAAACUUUUUUUUAAGUUUUUUUUUUGUUGGAAACUAGUAUUGCACUUGGUGUUCAUUUGUUAUUUAAACUUUGUCAUGUUUAUAAACAAGUUUUAAUGCAGCAAAUGUCUUGUUCUACAAGUUAAAACAGAAUUCCAUUACUAAGAGAGUUAUGAAAUCUCCUUAUAAAGUAAUUGAGAUAUGAUGCACCCAUACUUAAAAUAAGUAACAACAAAUUAUAACCAAACAAUUGUAUAAUAUAUAGGAUAUAAGAGAGGUUAAGAAUUCUUUAGAUUAUUUACUGGAAAAAGUCAACAAAAACCUCACUUUAGCUGCUUUAAAAAUUAUAUAAAAUGUUCUUUUGUGAAGAGAACAAUUACAGUAUGUUCUAGAUGUAUGUUCUCUUUAUUCAAAUCGUGAAAUGAUUACAAAAUUAAUUCUUAGUAAUUUUCAUUUUUUGUGUAUUUUCUGAUUAAAAAAUCACUGUAUUUUAUAUCAUUACAUAUGUUGACUGAAUUACUAUCAUUCUGAUGUCUGACCUAAGGAAUCUCCUCCUUUAAAACAGAGUGCAACUUCAAUGUAGUGUUACUUAUUGACUUUUCAUUUAGUGCCAUAAUGAUUUAAUUGUUUUCUCUCAAAUUUUAUUUAUUUUUAGAUCAGUAUUUGGUUUUAAAGUAUUAUAUUUGUUAGAUACCAAUCUUACAAAGGAUACUCUUUUUGAGAUUUUAAUUUCAUUUUACUUUUAACAACCUUAAUUUAGACAUGUUAAUAGGUGAGGAAACAUCAAUUUUGAUGCAUUCUCAAAAAGGUUAUUAAAGAAUGUCCCAUUAAUAUUUUGUAUUAUGUUCUGAAAUCCGGUAUUUGUGCUGUCCAAUAGUUCUGCAAUGUAAGUUUUAAUUGAUAAAAUAUUAUAUACAUGCUGUCAGUUGUUAAAAUUGAUUAUACAAUUGUUUUAGAUGUCAUGUCUUCAUUUCAGUUCAAACUUCCCUUCUAAUGCAUCUCAAACUAUUUAUAUGUGGAUUGCAUUUUCAAAUUUUAUAACUGUAUUGAAAUUUACUUCCUGUUUAACUUUUUAUAUGAAUAAUUUAAGCAUUAAAAAUUGUUUUAUUACAUUGGAAACUAAUAACUGUAUGUGAAAUUUAACUUUGUCCACUAUGAUAAGUUUUAUAAACUUUUAGCGUCCCUUUUGUCGAAAUUACUUAUUAAACAGAAAUAAUUUAUAACAAAAAGUUUUUUUUCUUUGAAAAACCAAAGGUCAUAAGGGAUAAUUGGGAGCAAAGAUCACAAAUUUUGCUUGUUAAUUUCUUAAUGAUAAAUUAAUACACCAAGAGAAUAUGAAAUUAUCCUCAGUAGUUACAUGGUUCUGUUUAAUGAAUUAGUAGAUAUAAGAUGUUUUCCACAGAGAGGGAAGGCAUUGAUAUAAUUUGCAGUAUUUAUGAUUAUAUAUUUGAUAUCAUUUAGGUGGUACCCAACACUUUCACUAAAAUUAAAUUGGCUGGUUUAUUUUUCUUAAAAUUUUGUCAAAGUAUUUAUUUUGACCCUUUAACAAAAAUAUAUCAAAAUUUUCAAAAAUUUUGAACCAACCUUUUUGUCAGAAAAAUUAUACUGGUUAUAUAGCAGUUUGAAAAAUACCAAUUUUGAUCAUUGAGAAGCUUAAUAUUCCUUUUACAACACAAUGUAAUUAAAAUGUUUAGCUGACUUUACAGAGUUAUCUCCCUGUAGUGUUAGGUACCACCUUAAAAGCUUUUGAUAUGUCUUGUAAAGCAGGGUAUAAAUAACAUAUACAUGUAUUUUAGAAUUGUGAUAAUCAAAAUAUAUAUAUAUGUAUAUUGUAUUUCAUAUUUGUGACAUGACAGUACUUUUUUGUGUAUUACACAACCAGCAAAAAAAUAAUAUGAAAAUAUUAGAGAACAAUGUAUUUUAGCAUGGUUUUCUCUUAUAUCAUAUGCUAAAAAAAUUUGAUAGCUUUUAAUGCCUCUAAAUUUAAUUUUGUUCUAGACAUACUUUCUCAAUUGUUCUUUACCCUACUCGAUUUAAAGGAUGGUGUUGCAAUAAAAUCUUGAAAUAGAACUUCACUGGAAAAUAUAAAUAAUAUAGAAUUAAGUACACCAGUCUUAAGUUACCAUUACUAUAGGAUGUAUGUACUGUAUGUUGUGUACCCCAGAAACACAUUUUAAGCUAAAAAAAAUAAUAAUAUGCCUACAUUUUUGUCCUUGAAAGUAGCAUACUUUACUAUGACAUAUAAAUGCUACUUUGCAAUAGAAACUUAAAUAUCAUUAUUAAGCAUUCUGGGCAGUUCAAGAAACAUAACUUAAAACAGCCUUUUACUACUACUAGUAUUUCAUCUAAGGGUAUAUUGUGGUCCUCCCCUAAAAACACUUUAUUUCAAGUCUAUUUCAACCUUUGUAUGCUGUGUGAUUGAUAAGUAUGUUUUGAGAUGUUAUUGAUGUCAGAAUGUUUGUUAUAAAUGAGGAAUUCAUCAUUGUUUAUCAAUAAAUAUUUACAUUUC